ACGUAUAUUAUAUAUAUAGUUUUGUCGGUCUAUUUUUUUACAUUUUAUAAUGAUAUAAAGAUGCCACGAGUUAUCGAAGCAACAAAAAUUCUGCGAGCAUAUUCACAAUGUUGCCAAUAAAAAAAAAUUCAGUCAUGAUUUCAUGACAUACUGUCAAAUACUGUUGUGACAGUCAAAAACGUACUAUUUACUCUAUAUAAAUCAAGUAAACGUUAAUAUAUUUCUUAUGAGGCAAAAAAUGUCGGAAAUCUUAUCAAAAUUAUGUGGCACAUUUUUUAUCUUUAAUCUCUUUUAAUUUUGUCCUGUCUAAAACACAAAGUUAGUUUGAAAACAAAGUGAUUUUCUUAAAAAUUUAUUUAUAAUCUUCUGCAAAAUUUUCUGCAUUUAUUGUGUGUAGCUGUUAUUUAUAUAUUGUAGUAGCUUAUAGUACUUAGAAUUUUGUUGAAAUGGGAGAGACGCUAUCAAUUGUGCAACAAAUAAUGAAGAGAAAGGACGGCGAUCUUAGAAAUGAGUCUGAAGAUAGAAUUGACGUCGACAAACCACUUUGGAGUCAAGAUACGUAUUUUGGAAGAUGGAUGCAUUACGCUUUCAUCACCGAUUGUCGCACGGUCCUCGUACCGACAAGCAAAUUGUGGGAGGCGAAGAAGCUCUGCGAGGAUUAUAAAAUCGGCAAGGAGCCGGAAGGCCUGCAAAGAAAAGACAUAAUCUACGCGAAAAAGCUCAGGGACAGCGCCUUCCAUCCCGAUAACGGCGAACUUAUGCAUGUGAUAGGCAGAAUGUCCUUCCAGUUACCAAGUUCCGUCGUUCUCACCGCCGCUAUGUUGACUUUCUACAGAUCCGCUAGCGGCGUGAUAGUGUGCCAGUUGGUUAAUCAAGGUUUCAAUGCGUUUGUCAAUUACACCAAUCGAAAUGCGAUGAUUGACGAACCACAAGAUACCGAUGUGAAUCAACAAGCCUUCGUGCUCGCGACUGCGGCGAGUUGCGCGGCCGCUUUGGGAUUCAGGAAGCUGUUCUCUGGCAGAGGAACUCUCUUUGUAAGAUUCGUUCCGUUCUGUGCGGUGGCUAUUGGCAACAUGGUGAAUCUUCCCAUUAUGAGGCAACGAGAAAUCACGCGGGGUAUCCCCAUAAUCAUCAAGAACGAAGACGAAGUGUGCAUCAUGAAGUCGCAGGUGGCUGCCGUCAAGGGUAUUUCCGAGUGCGUCCUCACCAGGAUAAUAAUGGCCGCGCCGGGAAUGUUGAUGAUCCCAAUGAUCACGCAGCGAAUACAACCAUACUGUUUCUAUCAGCUUCGUCCGUGGAUCGCUUUCCCCGUCGAAAUCGGCUUAUGCACGCUCAGUUUAUUGGUCAUGAUCCCUUCAGCGCUUGCUAUCUACCCGCAAAAAAACUCGAUGAAGCCAGAAUUGUUAAAGAUAUAUCCAGAGGAAUACGAAAUAUUUCGAGAGAAAAUGGGCCAGCGCAAAUAUCCGGAUUAUCUUUAUUAUAACAAAGGAUUGUAAUUAGUAAAUAAAAGUAAAAUUCAUA